CACAGCCAAACAAUGGAAGCACUUAAGGAAAAUAAGGAAAAGGCCAUCAUAGCAGCUGUUGGCGCUUUCGCAAUUGCUGGUUUUUACUAUUGGAGACAAACCACUAAGCCUGUGAAAAUGAGAGUUAAACAAAGAUCACAAGAAAAGAAGAAGAAAGAUCGUGGAAAAUUCACCAAACCUAAGAAAACAAAGGAGGCUGAUGGAGAAACUUCAGCUUGCGACUUAAGAUCUGAAUACAGAAGGACUGGCAACUGAAAUUCAGAGUUUAACAAGCCAAAAAAAACAAGGAAAAUAGGUGGAAGAAUUCCUAAGCAUAAGAUGGCUGGAGGGAAUGUGUCAGAAUCUGACUUUGAUUAUCAAGAUUCAGAUAACGAGCAAUGCCAGAAUAGAAAGAAGAAGCUUCAUAAAGGAUAUCAACAGAAAAUACAAAGUCAUUAAAAGCCAUAAAUUUGUCCUCU